GUUGAGGUUUAAAGCCGUCCUUCUGAACUUUACCAAUUCCAAUUGAAUUCGGAAUGAUAAUUGACAAAGUGUGCAGGUAAUAAGGAUUUCCGAUAUAAACAAUAUGCUUUUUGUAAAUUCUGACGUAUACGCCCAAUUGAGGCCGCGAAAUGUUGAUCGGAAGGAACGUCAUCCUGGUGCACGCGAACGGAAUUCUAACAAGCGCCAACGUUUGCAAGACAAACGUAAAAUACCACCAGAGAAUGCUCCGAGGUCACGGGCAACAGAACCUCAGUUUCACCCAACUUACAGUCAUGACUCAGCAGUGAAGGAUUUCGGUCGACAUGAGACCUGCUCUGAGCAGAACGAACAACAGAAAGUGACGUCAUAUUAUCAGGAACUCUCAACUAUUGAGGCUAUCCGAAAAAGUAUUGAUAAAACCUCACGCGCAAAGUCUGCACCAUCAGCUAAUAUUCCAAACUGGAUGCUUAAUUUAGACAUAAAUCUUGAUGUUUCUUCAGUUGAUAUAAUUCCACCAUAUGAUGACUGUGUAACAUUAAAAUCUCGGGCGUCCGAGACAUUUUCCGAGAGCGCCUCUUUAACAUUUGUUAAAAAUAAUUCAGAAGACAAUAUCGACAACUUAAGUGAUUCUAAAAAAGAUUAUCUAGAGGCAGUCCCAAACGAAAACAUACACCAAGAAAAGGCUAAAAGCGUUCCAAUCCCCGAUAACAAAAAAAGAGAAGUUUACGCUGACACCUCAGUUUGGCCAAAACAGAACAAGAGUGCUCGCCCCUUAUCAAAUACGUUCAGAAUAGCGACACCAUUUUCCGCUGGGUGGACAAACACGGAAGAUACAGGUCCGCGUCGUUACCAAGGCGAUAAGAAGGUGAUGUCUAUGCAACAAGGUGGAAUCAGGAGUACCCCUAUGCAGCCGAAAUCUAAGAAAUAUAUUAACCAGAUGUUAACUUUCCACCAUAUGAAACACCAUGAAAAGAAAAUAAGGCUGGCAAAACCCGCCAUUGACAGCAAGAUGCCGAACACCUUUAAAUAUGCAUUAGACCGGAAGCGUUUGGUUGAUCAACGGAUAAGCGACUCUUGGAGCAUGUCAAGCAAUUCUCCUACGCCAAUGACACAGAGGAGUUUCCAUAACGACAAGAUCGUGACGUCAUCCGAUUCGCAAAAUGUGACGACACGAAGAAAUGUAUCAAAUGAAGACACAAGCGAAACAAAACAAACUAAAAACGUUGUAAAGAACAGAUAGCAUUUGUGACUUUUAUAACAUUAAUUUUAAUUAAAAAACUGUAGACCAUCGCGACAUUAGAUUAGAAGUAACGAUUUUCUAGAGAAUGCUUUUGAACACAACAAUAUUAAAAACACUAUUUUAUAUUGAGGUGCAUACCAACAGGAAAUAUGAAACGAUUUUCUAGAGAAUGCUUUUGAACACAACAAUAUUAAAAACACUAUUUUAUAUUGAGGUGCAUACCAACAGGAAAUAUGAAACAAUAUUGCAAUGGCAUGCGUUAUUUUUGCUUCUAGAAUAGUAUUCAGUAUGAAACUAAAGCCUUCCUUAUGGUCAUACAGGAUUUACUUGUUUCACGGUAAAGGUCCGUUAUUUAUUUCACGCAAUCCGAUCCAAUUAAGAUCAAUAUUGAAUACCACUCCUGAACAGCGUGUUCGAUUAUUGUUGUUUUUAUCUAUAGUCCUGUCCCUGUAUUUGUCAAUUAAGUAUUUAUGUUCAAGGCGUUGAUAUUGCUUUUAAAAUUUGGAAAUGUUAUCAAAAUGUGGUUUAAUAACUUAGCGAUUGAUGAUACAUAUUU